CUCUCGUGUAAACAAAAACAGAGCCAGAGCAGCAAUCAAAGGGUUGGCCCAAACAGCUGGGGUUUGGCCGAGUCCCUUUAAGUAGGGGUACGCAAAAACGUCAGCAAGAAACUAAAGAGAAUUGAGAGACACACACUAAAGAAAUAUUUAAAGUAGUGUUAAAUGAUUGAUCUCAUUGUCAGGAAGGUAAAAUGAAUUGCCUAUUUCUUGGCCUAGUGCUGAUGACAGCGCUGCUGUCAUGCUCGGAGGCGAAGAAUCUGUUUCGACGGCAAGAACGCAAAGUUAACACUGGCUGGCUCGGAUUUGAACCUGCUUUUGAUGGGCUCAGAAGGAUCCAUAAAAGAGAUGAUAACCCUCCACCCACUGAAGAGCCAUGGACUGGCAGAUGGAUGCCUGAAAGAACCACAGCUCGUCCAGCCACCACAGAGGAGGCGUGGACAGGUCGCUACAUGCCAGAACGCGUAACUUUCAAGACUCCAAUUGAGGAGCCUAAGUCGAACGCCCAGUUUUCCUCCAAUUACCACGAGACGGACCUUACUUACCUCCGACGAGUCUCGAUGGGCAGCCACAACAAAGCGUGCGACGACGGCAAGACUAACCUGACAUUGGACUGGGACGGCUCGUCAGUAGAUUACACGUGCAAAUAUCCGAGAUUCAUCUUCGCGCCUGAAGACAAUGUUCAAGCCGUACUUCAGCAAGAAUACGUCCCUCCACAUUAUGUGCCAGCGCACGUUUGCAUGAACGAUACUAUCGAGUACAACCAAGAUGUCCCGACUUAUGGAAACCACCGACCUGUGUGGCCAAAGUAUGGCGAGUACACGUAUUUGCCUAAGCAGCGAUGGCUGCACAAUAUAGAGCAUGGAGCGGUUGUGAUGCUGUACCACCCUUGCGCAGACAAGAGAGAGGUUGACAUGGCGCGUAAACUUUUGACUGGCUGCCUUUGGAAACACAUCAUCACCCCGUACACCAAAUUGGCGCCGAAUCAAUCGAUCACUCUGGUGGCUUGGGGCGCAAAAAUUGGCAUGCAAAAGGUGAAGCCGGACAUUGUCAGAAAUUUCAUUAGGGAAUUCGCGCUAAAUGGGCCUGAAGGGUCGAAUUCCAAUGAAGGAGAGUUUGACCAAAUGCUGGUAAAUGCUGCCGAAAUCGUGCCUGGCUCUGACAUCGAAGAUUCCAAAAUUUGCCCUGAUCAGUGGUACUAGCAGUUUUUCUUGCCUCUGCAUUUAAUGACAGUGUAUGUUUAAAGCCGAAAUUUGCUUCGCCCUCUCUUGUCUUUGCGAGAUAACUUGUGAUGCUUGUCUAAGUUUUUGGUGAAAACAUUUAAUUUAAUGUGUAUAUUAUUUUUGACUGUGAACCAUAAUGUAAUUAAUUACUCUGGGAUCAGAAUAAAUGAGCAUUAUAAUAAA